GAUUUUUUUUGUUCCAUGCGGUCCAAAGCUUCGGCCAAGCAACCGCUCGUCGGGCUCUGAGACGACCCGUAUCAUCAAUCAACGACACCGCAUCGGCUCAUACCAUCUCGCCGUUCCUUAAUUACUGACGGAACGGUGAUUUCUCUAGCCGAUUUCACAAGGUCUUUGACUCUCCGUUCAACGUUGCCAGCAUCUAUCGCAGCAUGGCUCCCACCAUUCCUACUGCUCCCGUCGUCGGGACGCCGGCCGCGCCCUUACCGGCCGACCCGUCGCUGUGGGAUCGCAUCUCGACCUGGGUCUCCGAGCACAAGGCGGUUGUCUACACUAUCGCCGGCGUCGCAGUUGUAGUCACGACCGCGGGUGCCGUGUACUACAUCCGCAACAGUCCCACCCCCAAUGAUACAACACCCAGACUCAGCAAGAAGGAAAGGCGAAAACGGAAGCAAGCCGAGCGGGAAGCCGAGGCCGAGAAGGCGUCCGCGACCGCAUCCGCAUCCGCCUCUGCAUCUGCAAAGCAGGCGGAGCCUUCCGCUCCCGCAGCCAAGGCGGCCACGGUCGAGGCCGUCGACGAACUGCCCGAGGUUGACGAGUCUACAGUCCAACAGCUCUCCCCAGAGCAGCGCAAGGAAUACGCCCAGAAGCUGAAGGAGGCCGGCAACAAGGCAUAUGGCGCUAAGGACUUCGUGAAGGCUAUCGAGCUGUACUCCAAGGCGAUCCUCUGCAAGCCAGACCCCAUUUACUACUCCAACCGCGCGGCCUGCUACAAUGCCCUUAGCCAAUGGGACAAUGUCAUCGAUGACACCACUGCGGCCCUCAACCUCAACCCCGAAUACGUCAAGGCGCUUAACCGCCGCGCCAAUGCCUACGACCACCAGGGCAAGUACAGCGAGGCGCUUCUCGACUUCACUGCGAGCUGCAUCAUCGACCAGUUCACCAACGAGCAGAGCGCUCAGGCCGUCGAGCGUCUGCUCAAGAAGUUCGCCGAGACGAAAGCGAAGGAGAUCCUGCGGACCAAGCCCCCCAAGCUUCCGAGCUCGACCUUCGUCGGAAACUACCUUCAGAGCUUCAGAGCCAAGCCGCGGCCUGCCGGGCUGGAGGAUUCAGUGGAGCUGCCAGAAGAGUCAGGGAAGGGCCAGCUCCAGAAGGGCUUGAAGGCGCUGGAGAGCAAGACUGGGCCGGGAUACGAGGAAGCCUCUGAGGCCUUCGACAAGGCCCUGGAGCUGGGUGACCUUGGUGAAUAUGAAGCGUACGCAUUGAACCUCCGCGGGACGUUCCGCUGCCUCAAGGGCCAGCAUGAGCUGGCUCUGGCCGAUCUCACCAAGAGCAUCGAGCUGGACCCCGAGAUGACCCAGAGCUACAUCAAGCGCGCGAGUAUGAAUCUGGAGCUUGGUGCCCCCGAGAAGGCCGAGGAAGAUUUCGCGGCCGCCUUGGCCAAGAACGCUGAGGAUCCUGAUAUCUACUACCACCGCGCGCAACUACACUUCAUCAAGGGAGAGUUCGCCGAUGCGCAAAAGGACUAUCAGAAGUCGAUCGACUUGGACCGCGAUUUCAUCUUCUCCCACAUCCAGCUCGGCGUCACCCAGUACAAGAUGGGCUCCAUCGCCUCGUCCAUGGCCACCUUCCGGCGGUGCAUCAAGAACUUUGACAAGACCCCGGAUGUCUACAACUACUACGGCGAGCUGCUCCUGGACCAAUCCAAGUUUGCGGAAGCCAUUGAGAAGUUCGACACAGCCAUCGAGCUCGAGAAGGAGACCAAGCCGACGUGCAUGAACGUGCUGCCGCUCAUCAACAAGUCUCUUGCCCUGUUCCAGUGGAAGAACGACUUUGCCGAGGCCGAGAAGCUGUGCGAGAAGGCUCUUAUAAUUGACCCCGAGUGCGACAUCGCCGUCGCCACCAUGGCCCAGCUCCUGCUGCAGCAGGGCAAGGUCACCGAGGCGCUCAAGUACUUUGAGCGCGCCGCCGAGCUCGCCCGCACCGAGGGCGAGCUGGUCAACGCGCUCUCGUACGCCGAGGCCACCCGGACCCAGAUCCAGGUCCAGGAGAAGUACCCCAAGCUGGCCAGCAAGCUGCAGGGCAUGGGCCAGGGCAUGAUGCACUAAACCGCGUCGCGUUUCUCUUUCCAUCACGCAUAGGGCACAUACGACGAUUGCGCCCGUUGGGGCGGUUGGAAAGGAGCGCUCGAGUGAGCGGGUUUCAACUGGGUUGGUUUGUGGCUCUCUGCCCCGUCGAGUCUGAUGGCGCGACCGGGGUUGGGUCGAUGUGUAAAAAGAUGAAUGGG